AUGUCAAAUAAAUGCAACGAGAAACCCCAAUAUUCACAUUGUCCAUUCGAGGCUGAAUCUUGGUGCAAAUGGCGUAAGAAUGAGGCUGCAAUUUCAUUAGACAAAUAUCACCAUCCACCCCCUCUCGACGACGAAGGUAUAGUGGAUACAUUAUGUAAAACAUGUGAAGAUCUAAAGUGGAAGUCACCUACAAAAAUUCAAUGUGAAGCUAUUCCAUUAGCACUGGAAGGCAAAGAUAUAAUAGGAUUAGCAGAAACUGGUUCAGGAAAAACUGCUGCUUUUGCUCUUCCUAUAUUGCAAGCAUUAUUAGAAAAUCCUCAAAGAUAUUUCGCUUUAAUUUUGACACCUACAAGAGAAUUAGCAUUUCAAAUAUCAGAACAAUUUGAAGCUUUAGGAUCAAGUAUUGGUGUAAAAUGUGCAGUAAUAGUAGGUGGAAUGGACAUGAUGUCACAAGCACUACUGUUAGCAAAGAAACCACAUAUUUUAAUUGCUACUCCAGGUAGAUUGAUUGAUCAUUUGGAAAACACCAAAGGUUUCAAUCUACGUUCAUUAAAAUUCUUGGUUAUGGAUGAAGCAGAUAGAAUUUUAAAUAUGGAUUUUGAAAUUGAAGUAGAUAAAAUUUUAAGGGUAAUUCCUAGAGAAAGAAGAACAUUAUUGUUUUCUGCAACCAUGACUAAAAAAGUUCAAAAACUACAACGGGCAUCUUUGCGAAAUCCUGUUAAAGUAGAAGUUUCAACAAAGUAUCAAACUGUUGAAAAGUUACAGCAAUAUUAUAUAUUUAUUCCUGUUAAAUUCAAGGAUGUAUACCUUGUACACAUUUUGAAUGAAUUAGCAGGCAACAGUUUUAUAAUAUUUUGUGCAACCUGUAAUAAUGCACUUAGAACUGCCCUUCUUUUACGAAAUUUAGGCUUCACUGCUGUUCCUUUACACGGACAGAUGUCACAAAAUAAGAGAAUAGCCGCACUUACUAAAUUCAAGGCAAAAAAUCGAUCUAUACUUAUUUCCACAGAUGUUGCCAGCAGGGGUCUCGAUAUUCCUCAUGUAGAUAUUGUAAUAAAUUUUGAUAUACCUACGCAUAGUAAAGAUUACAUACAUAGAGUUGGACGUACUGCACGUGCUGGUCGUUCUGGUCGUUCCAUUACAUUUGUAACACAGUACGAUGUAGAGUUGUAUCAAAGAAUAGAACAAUUGAUAUCAAAACAACUACCAUUGUAUCCUACGCAAGAAGAGGAAGUGAUGAUACUUCAAGAAAGAGUAGCGGAAUCACAACGUAUUGUAAAAAUGGAAAUGAAAGAUAUAGAGGAUAGCAAGAAAAUGGGAAAACGAAAAAAACAUCAGGACGAUAAUGAAGAUGAUGAUACGGAACAAUCUGUUGGAGUUAGGAAAAGACUAAAAGGAAAAAGUAAAGAAAAGGGGAAAAAGAGAUAAAUAGUUUAGCAGCCUUAUAAAGUAUAUUUACUUUUUC